CGGCGUUCCAGCUUUUAUGCGCAUUAUCUGCUCGUUUUGCUUCCCGCCGGCCGGCCUUUCCGUCAGUUUGACAAGCAUCCUGUUCAGAAGAGUUGUGCGGUGGAUCAAGAACCAUGCAUGCAAUAAUGGCGAUGUAUGCUUGUCACUGAGUCUGUUCACGCUGCAAGUGACGGACUGAGCCGAGCCGGGCGACUCGUCGGAGUUGCCGCGCCAGGACGAUACCUGCCAGGAGUAGGUAGCGACAGGAAACGUUGAGAGCACACCAAAAGACUGUUGGCUUGAGUGUGCUACAGGAUGCCUCGAGGGCAAGACUCCGCGUGCCUUCCGUGCCUUCCAAGACCCUCGCCUAGACACGAGUGGAGCGAACGCAAGUUCGCUGAGGAGGUUGCGCAGAAAGUGACGCGCCAGCCGCCUUCCUAUCCACCGCCGUUUAGACCCCGCAGUCCAUGCUGUGAAAAGUGUAAGGCUGCUUCUAAGGAGCUGGUGGAAAAGGACAAGCAGCUGAAAGAGUUUGUCGACCAGUUCAAGUCGGAGCAAGACAUGAUUGAGAGGAUGGAGGCUGUGAUAAAGGAAAAAGAUGAGAGGAUACAGUCUCUGAAAGAUAGCUGGGGAGACCUGAGCUUCAAGUUUGAGAAUCUGCGAGUUGAGCAUAAUCACACAUCAAGGACCCUGGAGUAUACCCAAGAGCGCAACUUGGAGGAAGAAUCUGAACCACUUCAUGUCGAAGUCAGGUUGCACGAGGGUGAAACUGGUCUCUCUGCUGAGGAAUGCAGAGAGGAACUCCGAAAAAUCUGGUCCUUUCUGAGAACAUUGGAGACGAGACUUUCAUCCAAGUCCAGCACCACUGAGGUCACAACUAAGAAAAUCAAGAUGUCUGAGGAUCUUGUACGGUCCAAAACAAUCAAAGAGGUGCUGAACAUUCUCUUGAAAGGCAAGGCUUCGCGCGAAGCCUUUGAAGCCCAGGAGAAAGAAAUAAAGGUGGUGAAUUCAAAGGCUAAGAAGGCAGACGCCCUGGCUGAGAGAAGGAACAAGCAGCUGAAGGACUUUACGGAAGAGAACAGAGAACUACGGUUGCAUAUCAUUCGCCUGCGCAAAGAACUGGAUUCUGUCAAGGAUGCUGAGAGUGAAGCCGUAAGCCGGAAUUACGAACUCGAUGACAGGUUCACGGAAGGCACAGCGGCUCUCAAGUGUGAACUUGAUGAGAAAACCGAGGAACUCACGACAGCCCAGGAAGAGAUACAAAAGCAGCAUGAACUGAUAAAUGAUUUGAAAGUAAAUCUUCAUGAGUUGAAGGAGCAAAAUGACGAGUAUCUAGCAGAAUCCCAUCGCUAUCAUAGCAUUGUGAGGGAGAAUGGGCUGUGCGUCUGCUCUGAUGCAAAGCCCGCCAAGCUACUACUGCAAAAGGAAAAACGGGAAUAUGAACGACAGGUUUCCGAGAGCAAGGAAAAGACAAAGAUGCUGAACGAAAAACUCUUCAGGGCCGAUUUGCAGUACAAGAUUUCCAGGAAGGGAUACGAAGAAAGAGUGACCCAGCUAACCAUGGACCUGGAAACUGCUCAGAAGAAAUGUAAAGAUCAUCGGACAUCUCUACAGGACCAACACGACUUGGAGACGCUUGAUCUGGAAAAACAAUUCCAGUCUGAUCUGAGAGCCAAGCAAAACAGGGUGAAUGCACUCGUUCAAGAGAGAUGCCUGCUCCAGAAAGAGUUGAAGGAAGUGAAGGACAAGCUAGCCCUGAUCGUCAACAAGGAUAAAGAGAGCAAUGACCUGGUGUUGAAGUUUGCGCAGCGCCAAGCAGACUUGCAGAAGCAGGUCGACGCUCUUCAAGACGAGCAGGCAGAGCAGCGAAAGCAAAGUUUAGAGCAUGCGGAGGAGAUGAAGAAAAAAGUUGUUAGGAUAAGGCAGCUAGAAGAAGAGGCGAAGCAAAAUGCUGAGGAACGGAUACGGCUGGCAUAUCGUCCAGAAACUCGCAGCGGGGGAACUCAAACGAAGGCACCAAUGACUAUACGCAAUGUGCAGACGCAGGCGUGUGAUCAAUCCCCACUAACCCAGGAGGUAUGGACGCAAGCUACUAUCCCUCGACCAGGGCGCACUGUAUCCACGCAGACAGAUCCGUUGCGAUCCCCUCGGCCAACAUUGACGCAACAACCUCUACCUCCGCCGCCACAACACAUACAGCAAAUGACUCUGCCACCGCGCCCUGCAGCGCCUCCGCCUCCUCCAAUUACGUCAUACCCUAUAACUUAUUCACAAGUGGCAAAGCCUUUCCAGGCCCGAAAGUGCACCAAAUCCGUUGUAAACAUAGGCUUGCGCCACGGCGAAACGAUAGAGCGUCUUAUCAAGGACCGGCAAAUGAGUCCGAAAGCUGCAGUGAAUGGUAUGCUGGUUUCCCGCAUUCCCCGCGAUAGCCAGCUGCCAAUAUUGGUAUCGGCGCAAGAGAUCACAGAGUACUCGAUGGAGAGACCGACGAAACGCCACGGCAGCGACGAUGUUUUCCUGGCAAACCGUCCUUUUGUCAAUCACAGACCGACCACGAGAGGGUUUGUGAGUCAGCUGCCUUGUUUCGGGCAUUUCCGGGCAAGAGGCAGUCCGCUAUCCCCAGCACGCCCUGAUCAGCAAACCAUCAAGUUGCCAAGCCGGCAGGCAAGGCCGAGUGGAUCUAGUGUGAUGCACCAAAAGCGGAACCUGACGUCUGUGAGAGCGCGAAGAAUGCCUUCUGUGAGGCACCAAAAACGAAGUGUCCCUUCGGUAAGGCACCAGAAGCCAAGUGUGUCUUGUGGUGGAGUUGCAGCACGAAAGGCAAGUCACCCUGUUGCGCCCAAGAAGCCAUGGAGGUGAAACACCAUCAUGUUCAGCUUACUUCCGACAUACCUUCUCUCUCUCCAUCCAUCUCUCUCUCUCUCUCUCUCUCUCUCUCUCUCUCUCUCUCUCUCUCCAGAAAACUGCUUCAGAGCUCUCUGCUUGCCCUCACGUUGAUUACGAGGGAAGCAUUUACGAUAGGAGAUAUUGAGAGAUGACUGAGAGGGAAGGUGAUGUUGAGAGAUGACUGAGAGUGACCGUGCUUGAGCAGCUGUGAAAAGCAUGUGUGAGAUAAUCAGCGGCUCUGGCAAUCCAUUGAUGGACUACCCCGUUGUCUCUCACCUGUGGACAAUUGUAUUUCAAUCAUUGCCAUUUCACUGAUCUGCCAAAGAACGGGAGCCGUGAAUGUGAAAAGUAUCAGUGAGGAGUUCAUACGUCUUUCUGGGAGCAAUUUAACACCAUGCCGGGUGGCCAGCUUCGGCCAGAGAAAGGUGCAUCUAUGGAUUCUAUUUUUGUACAGCCAAAUCAAUGGUUUGAGUGAAUCCCUAUCACAACUGUUAACGUAACAUUGUACGUUUUCAUAACCCAUUUGACCUGAAGUUGCGCUUCAAGUCAAUAAUAAUGGGCACAAGUGAAUUCAACCUCUCUAAUGUUUCGAUUUACGCCUUCACUACUGCUUUGGAAUGGAAGGCAACAUGUAUUUAUUGAGACUGUAUUAAAUAUUAAAAUAGUGA